GACGUUCCAUUCAUCAUGGCUUCCAGCCUAACAAUGGAGCAGAAUUCCUCAAUGGCAUUCCUCAUUCUCUCAUUGUUUUGUCUGUUGGCCUCUGUAGCUCAAGCAAACUAUUAUUACAAAUCCCCUCCUCCUCCAUAUUUAUAUAAGUCUCCUCCUCCACCAUCUCCUUCUCCACCACCUCCCUAUUAUUACAAAUCUCCUCCACCUCCCUCUCCUUCUCCACCACCACCUUUUUCAUCUCCUCCUCCUCUAUAUCAUUAUAAUUCCCCUCCACCACCAUCUCCUUCUCCACCACCUCCCUAUCGCUAUAAAUCUCCUCCUCCUCCCUCUCCUUCUCCCCCUCCACCAUAUCACUAUUCUUCUCCACCACCACCUUCUCCAUCCCCUCCACCUCCAUAUCACUACAAGUCUCCUCCACCACCGUCUCCUUCUCCACCACCUCCUUCUGCAUCCCCUCCCCCUUCUUAUCAGUACAAGUCUCCCCCACCACCAUCUCCUUCUCCACCACCUCCCUACCAUUAUAAAUCUCCUCCCCCACCCUCUCCAUCUCCCCCACCCCCUUAUCAGUACAAAUCUCCCCCACCACCAUCUCCUUCUCCCCCACCUCCGUACCACUAUAAAUCUCCUCCUCCCCCUUCCCCAUCUCCGCCACCCCCAUAUCACUACAAGUCUCCCCCACCACCAUCUCCAUCUCCUCCACCUCCCUACCACUAUAAAUCUCCUCCUCCCCCUUCUCCAUCUCCUCCACCUCCUUAUCACUACAAAUCUCCCCCACCACCAUCUCCUUCUCCCCCACCUCCCUACCACUAUAAAUCUCCUCCUCCCCCUUCGCCAUCUCCCCCACCACCUUCUCCAUCCCCUGCCCCUCCAUAUCACUACAAAUCUCCCCCACCACCUUCUCCAUCCCCUCCCCCUCCAUAUCACUACAAAUCUCCCCCACCACCAUCUCCAUCGCCACCUCCACCAUAUCUUUAUCCAUCACCAUCACCAUAUCAUUACAAAUCUCCUCCACCUCCUGCAAAAUCUCCACCACCUCCCCCUCCAGUCUACAAGUACAAAUCUCCACCCCCUCCCGUUUACAAGUACACAUCGGCCGCUCCUCCUCCCCACGUCUACAAAUAUAAAUCACCCCCUCCCCCAGUGUAUAAGUACACUUCUCCUCCUCCACCUCAUUAUUCACCUAGUCCAAAUUAUUAUUACAAAUCCCCUCCUCCUCCAUAUUUAUAUAAGUCUCCUCCUCCACCAUCUCUUUCUCCACCACCACCCUAUUACUACAAAUCUCCUCCACCUCCUUCUCCUUCGCCACCACCACCUUUUUCAUCUCCUCCUCCUCCAUAUCAUUAUAAGUCCCCUCCACCACCAUCUCCUUUUCCACCACCUCCCUAUCGCUAUAAAUCUCCUCCUCCUCCCUCUCCCUCUCCCCCUCCACCAUAUCACUAUUCUUCUCCACCACCACCUUCUCCAUCCCCUCCACCUCCAUAUCACUACAAGUCUCCUCCACCACCGUCUCCUUCUCCACCACCACCUUCUCCAUCCCCUCCACCUCCAUAUCACUACAAGUCUCCUCCACCACCGUCUCCUUCUCCACCACCACCUUCUCCAUCCCCUCCCCCUCCUUAUCACUACAAGUCUCCCCGACCACCAUCUCCUUCUCCACCACCUCCCUACCACUAUAAAUCUCCUCCUCCCCCCUCUCCAUCUCCCCCACCACCAUCUCCUUCUCCCCCACCUCCCUACCACUAUAAAUCUCCUCCUCCCCCUUCCCCAUCUCCGCCACCCCAUAACUACAAGUCUCCCCCACCACCAUCUCCUUCUCCUCCACCUCCCUACCACUAUAAAUCUCCUCCUCCCCCUUCCCCAUCUCCUCCACCUCCUUAUCAGUACAAAUCUCCCCCACCACCAUCUCCUUCUCCCCCACCUCCCUACCACUAUAAAUCUCCUCCUCCCCCUUCCCCAUCUCCUCCACCUCCUUAUCACUACAAAUCCCCCCCACUACCGUCUCCUUCUCCCCCACCUCCCUACCACUAUAAAUCUCCUCCUCCCCCUUCUCCAUCUCCCCCACCCCCAUAUCACUACAAAUCUCCCCCACCACCAUCUCCAUCUCCCCCCCCACCAUCUCCAUCACCACCUCCACCAUAUCAUUACAAAUCUCCUCCACCCCCUGCGAAAUCUCCACCACCUCCCCCUCCAGUCUACAAGUACAAAUCUCCACCACCUCCCGUUUACAAGUACACAUCGCCCUCUCCUCCUCCCCCCGUCUACAAAUAUGAAUCACCCCCUCCCCCAGUGUAUAAGUACACUUCUCCUCCUCCACCUCAUUGUACAAAAUGUCGUUUGCUUGCUUCAAAACGAGGUGGGCUGAUGCUGUAUCAACUUAUUUACUUAUAUAUUUGCAGUGAGCUUCUGGAAGUUGUUGAAUUCAACGAUCGAAAGUUCAGAGCUUCAAUUUCUAGGUUGUUUCCAAGUUGGAUUAUCUUAAAGAUUCAAUUCAACAUGAAAGAGAAAUCAUGUUCACAAAAUUACAACCGAUUCUUACAACCAGAUCAUGAACAAGUUCCAAAGAAAAUAGGAAUUGUUACCUUAUUGAUGGCUCAGCUCCUUAAUAAUGAGGUGGAGGAGGGGAAGUGUACUUGUACACUGGCGGAGGAGGUGAUUUAUAUUUGUAGACAGGGGGAGGAGGAGGGGGGGAUUUGUACUUGUAAACGGGAGGAGGUGGAGAUUUGUACUUGUAGACUGGAGGGGGAGGUGGUGGAGAUUUUGCAGGGGGUGGAGGAGAUUUGUACUUGUAAACAGGAGGAGGUGGAGAUUUGUACUUGUAGACUGGAGAUGGAUAAUGAUAUGGUGGAGGAGGUGAUGGGGAUGGUGGUGGUGGAGACUUGUAGUGAUAUGGAGGUGGAGGGGAUGGAGAAGGUGGUGGGGGAGACUUGUAGUGAUAUGGGGGUGGAGGAGAUGGAGAGGGGGGAGGAGGAGAUUUAUAGUGGUAGGGAGGUGGAGGAGAAGGAGAUGGUGGUGGGGGAGACUUGUAGUGAUAUGGAGGGGGAGGGGGAGAGGCAGAGAGAUGAGGAGGAGAUUUAUAGUAAUAAGGAGGUGGUGGGGAAGGAGAUGGUGGUGGUGGGGAUUUGUAGUGAUAUGGAGGUGGGGGAGAGGGAGAAGGGGGAGGAGGAGAUUUAUAGUGAUAAGGAGGUGGUGGGGAAGGAGAUGGUGGUGGUGGGGAUUUGUAGUGAUAUGGAGGUGGGGGAGAAGGAGAUGGUGGUGGUGGGGAUUUGUAGUGAUAUGGAGGUGGGGGAGAGGGAGAAGGGGGAGGAGGAGAUUUAUAGUGGUAGGGAGGUGGUGGAGAUGGAGAUGGUGGUGGGGGAGAGUUGUAGUGAUAUGGAGGUGGAGGGGAUGGAGAAGCUCGGUGAUAUUGGCAGUAGUGUUGGGGAUCAAGAAGUGGCAGAAGUAGAAGAAAUGGAUCAGAGCGAUGAAUCACACUCUUGUGAGUGUAUAUGGGAUGCUGACAGUGCUACCACAUUAUGCGUAGAGGAUGAAGAAGUGAAUGAGACAAUGGUUGCAGGUGGUGUUAGUCGCACAAAUGUUACAGUCAUAGUGCAUAACAUGCAGAUCAAUUCUUUAGAGCAGAAUCUGAGAUAUUUUGAGGGAUUCCUGAACCAAGAGAAUGUUCGCCUCCAGGUCAGGAAUGUCGUCGACAUGUUGAGAGACAUGUUGAUAUCCGACAAGAGAGGCCUGGAGAUGUUGAGAGCCCUAUCCAUGAUUGUUAAAAGCCAUGUGCCCCUAGCUGGGGUACCCCCUAUGGACACCCAAUUUGAUCAAUUUAGGUCCCAGGUUGGUGUUAGCAUCCCAAAGUUGGGAGCCCGCAUGGUGGAUUCUACCAUCCCAUGUAUUAGUGCCUCCUUUGUUCCUUUAGGUUACACGGGUAUGGCCAGUGACUUGAUUGCUAUUUCAGUUAUUGCCUAUAUUACAGUUGUCUCUGCUAGUACCAUGUCAGUCAGAAUGUUGUCUAACAGGGGAGGUGGUGCAGCUCCACCACCUCCUCCUCCACCCAUGCACCCAAUUCCAAAUACCAUACUACUCUUGCGAGGAAAAGAGGAAUCAUGUCGAUGCCAAAUUGAGGCCCACUUGAAUGAGAUAGGCCCUCAUCUUGCACUAUAUAAAGACGAAGCUAACGUUCAAUUCAUCAUGGCUUCCAGCCAAACAAUGGAGCAGAGUUCUUCCAUGGCGAUCCUCAUUCUCUCGUUGUUUUGUUUGUUGGCCUCUGUAGCACAAGCAAAUUAUUAUUACAAAUCCCCUCCUCCCCCAUAUUUAUACAAGUCUCCUCCUCCGCCAUCUCCUUUUCCACCACCUCCCUAUCACCAUAAAUCUCCUCAUUACCACUCUCCAUCUCCUCCUCCACCAUAUCACUAUUCUUCUCCACCACCACCUUCUCCAUCCCCUCCUCCUCCAUAUCACUACAAGUCUCCCCCACCACCAUCUCCAUUUCCACCACCUCCCUACCAUUAUAAAUCUCCUCCACCACCCUCUCGCUCUCCCCCACCUCCAUAUCACUACAAAUCCCCACCACCACCAUCUCCUUCUCCUCCACCUCCAUAUCAUUACAAAUCCCCACCACCACCAUCUCCUUCCCCACCACCUCCUUAUCACUAUAAAUCUCCUCCUCAUCUCUCCACCUCUCCCCCUCCCCCUCCAUAUCACUACAAGUCUCCCCCACCACCAUCUCCUUCCCCUCCACCUCCCUACCACUAUAAAUCUCCUCCUCCCCCCUCUCCAUCUCCCCCACCCCCAUAUCACUACAAGUCUCCCCCACCACCAUCUCCAUCUCCCCCACCCCCAUAUCACUACAAAUCACCCCCACCACCUUCUCCAUCCCCUCCACCUCCAUAUCACUACAAGUCUCCCCCACCACCAUCUCCAUCUCACCCACCCCCAUAUCACUACAAGUCACCCCCACCACCUUCUCCAUCCCCACCACCUCCAUAUCACUACAAGUCCCCGCCACCACCAUCCCCAUCACCUCCUCCACCAUAUCAUUAUCCAUCUCCAGUCUACAAGUACAAAUCUCCACCUCCUCCGGUUUACAAGUACAAAUCUCCUCCACCCCCAGCAAAAUCUCCACCACCUCCCCCUACAGUCUACAAGUACAAAUCUCCACCUCCUCCCGUUUACAAGUACAAAUCCCCCCCUCCUCCUCCCCCUGUCUACAAAUAUAAAUCACCUCCUCCGCCAGUGUAUAAGUACACUUCUCCUCCUCCACCUCAUUAUUAAGCAGCCGAGGCAUCAAUAAGGUACAUAAUGUCGUUUGCUUGCUUCAAAACAGGGUGGGCAGAUGCUGUACCUACUUAUAUAUCUAUAUAUUUGCAGUGACCUUCUGGUUGUUGUUGAAAUCGACGAUCAAAAGUUCAAAAUGUUGUAUGAGAGCUUCUUCAAUUUCUCUGGUUUUUCCAAGUUGGAUUAUCGGAUAGAUUGAUUUCAACAUGAAAGCCAAAUUAGUAGUGAGAAAGUAAUCAGACCCAACGGAGCAAUACAUCACCCUCAACUUAUCGGAUUGCUCUGAUGUGUUAGACAUUUUCAGAAAAUAUAAUAAAAUGUACUGCAUUUCCUUGAAA